UGAAUUUUAUUCCACAAGAGAUUUGCUCUAUUUACAACCCAUUUUUUGUUAAUCCUGACCAAAAGUAAAGUUGAGAUUACAAGCAACUGUAUAAAUAUACGUUCAUCAUUAUUUUUUAAAAAACUGUUGUUGUUAAAAAAAAUUGUUUUAAAUAAACAAGUUGUCCCUUUUAAAAGCCCGAGGGAAAAAAAGAUGUGACAAACUGUCCAAAGCAGGACAAAUAUGAAAUUAGGUUAAAUUACAGAGAUAUUUAAAAACACAGCAAUGGGAAAUUUUAUUGCAUCUUAAAACUUAUUUCACUUUGCGAAGUUUUUAGGGGUUUUAAAAUUAAGUCCUUAUUAUUAAAGACAUACAGAAUUAAAAUCCCACGACCUACGUUUUUAAUUAACUUAAUGCUUCUAAAGAAAAGGGAGGCUCCAAGAAAGGGCAUACUUUUACUAACCAGUUCAUGUGAGGGUCUGAGCUUAUUUUGUUCUCCUAAAUAUGAAGGAUUUAAGUAUAUCGUGAAUUCUCACUCCCUCCCCAAGAAAAAUCCACCAAGUAAAACAUAAACAAACAAAUAAGUAAGCCUAGUGUCAUGUCGGGCACAGAGUGAGCACAGGAAUGUUUGAAUGAGAAAAGAUGGGCCCAGUGGAUGUGAAUUCUCCUCACACCUCAAAAUGUUCCGAGUUGUAGCAAUAUAAAGUGGUAGGGAGUGGGACGGGACUUAAAGGUUUUUAAAAGAUUCUUGAUAUUCUAACUUGGUGAUCAUCUCGAUUUAAAGUCAGGAGCCUUUAGCGGUUCCAGGUCCUGGUGAGGAAAGCUGGAGAUUGGGCUGGACAGGGCUAUUGGAAGCAAGACCGACGCGGUUCUGCGCCCGGGGUUGGCACAUCCAAGCCAGACGGCGGCGCUUUUCGCUCUAGGUUUUUUGCGACCUUGUAAGGAAGUGGGCGCGGGCUGCACGGCGUCGGCGCUUCCUGAUUGGUCAGCCUUCUCGGUGAUUGACAGGGACACGGACUCCACCCCCUCCGCUUUAUUGACACUAAUGAGCAAGUUCUUCCCACCGCUCUCCUGACUGGAAGUGCUGACAGAUCAAGGCAACAAAUUUCAAUUACAAUCCCUAAUUUGUGUCCGCAGAGUGUUUUUUACCCAUGUUAGUCCUUUCUGGCGCAUCAGUCGAGUCAGAUCUUGGAACAGCAGGAAGAGGUGGAAGGGGUGGGAGCGAAGGAGUGCAUCAUUGAGCGCGCGAGAGACCGAGGAAAGGAAACUUGGCGGGCGCGUCGCUGGUUCCUCGGAUCCCAACACAAGCGAGAAAGAGGAAACACCAAAUUUGUUUUUGCCCGUGGCGGGGAAGGGGGAAGAUCUCGGCCUGCGGGAAGCCCCAAGAGUCGUUCAAAUUUUGGUGGGGGAAGGAGAGCGAGUGUGCGCGUGUGCCGCGUGAGUGUAUAUGAGCGAGGGGCGGGUGGGCGCCGAGCGGCGGGGAUGGCCGAGAAGCGGAGGGGCUCUCCGUGCAGCAUGCUAAGCCUUAAGGCGCACGCCUUCUCCGUGGAGGCGCUGAUCGGCGCGGAAAAGCAGCAACAGCUUCAGAAAAAGCGGCGGAAGCUGGACGCCGAAGAGGCGUCCGGGGCUGUAGAUGACGGAGGCUGCAGCCGCAGCAGCGAAAAGAGCUCCCCUGAGGGAGACGAAGGCGCUGCGCUCCCACCGCCGGCUGGGGCGGCAUCCGGGCCCGCCCGAGGCUGUGCAGACCUGGAGCUGAGCUGCGGCUCCCGCGGAGCUGCGGGCGGCUGUGAGGACGGCUUCCUGCAGGGCGCUUCCCCACUGGCGUCCCCGGGAGGCUCACCGAAGGGUUCCCCAGCGCCCGCCCUGGCCAGGCCCGGGACCCCGCUGCCCUCGCCGCAGGCCCCGCGGGUAGAUCUACAGGGAGCUGAACUCUGGAAGCGCUUUCACGAGAUCGGCACAGAGAUGAUCAUCACCAAGGCGGGCAGGCGCAUGUUUCCAGCAAUGAGAGUGAAGAUCUCAGGAUUAGAUCCUCAUCAACAAUAUUACAUUGCCAUGGAUAUUGUGCCAGUGGACAACAAAAGAUACAGGUAUGUUUACCACAGCUCUAAAUGGAUGGUGGCAGGAAAUGCUGACUCCCCUGUGCCACCCCGGGUGUACAUUCAUCCAGACUCGCCUGCCUCUGGGGAGACUUGGAUGAGGCAAGUGAUCAGCUUCGACAAGUUAAAGCUCACCAACAAUGAACUGGAUGACCAAGGCCAUAUCAUUCUUCAUUCAAUGCACAAAUACCAACCGCGCGUCCAUGUCAUCCGAAAAGAUUGUGGAGAUGAUCUUUCUCCCAUCAAGCCUGUGCCAUCUGGGGAAGGAGUGAAGGCAUUCUCUUUUCCAGAAACUGUUUUCACGACUGUCACCGCCUAUCAGAACCAGCAGAUUACUCGUCUGAAGAUAGAUAGGAAUCCAUUUGCCAAAGGCUUCCGAGACUCUGGGCGUAACAGAAUGGGCUUGGAAGCCCUUGUGGAGUCGUAUGCAUUCUGGAGACCUUCACUACGGACUCUCACCUUUGAAGAUAUUCCUGGAAUUCCCAAGCAAGGAAACACAAGUUCCUCCACCUUACUCCAAGGUUCUGGGAAUGGCGUUCCAGCCACCCACCCUCAUCUUCUGUCUGGUUCCCCUUGCUCCUCUCCUGCCUUUCAUCUGGGGCCCAACACCAGCCAGCUGUGUAGUCUGGCCCCGGCUGACUACUCUGCCUGUGCCCGGUCCGGCCUCACCCUCAACCGAUACAGCACAUCUUUGGCCGAGACCUACAACAGGCUCACCAACCAGACCAGUGAGACCUUCGCCCCGCCCAGGACUCCCUCCUACGUGGGCGUGAGCAGCAGUGCCUCGGUGAACAUGUCCAUGGGCAGCGCUGAUGGGGACACCUUCAGCUGCCCACAGACCAGCCUGUCCAUGCAGAUUUCCGGGAUGUCUCCCCAGCUCCAGUACAUCAUGCCUUCACCCUCCAGCAACGCUUUUGCUGCUAACCAGACCCAUCAGGGUUCCUAUAACACGUUCAGGUUACACAGCCCCUGUGCCUUGUAUGGAUAUAACUUCUCCACAUCCCCCAAACUGGCUGCCAGUCCUGAGAAAAUUGUUUCUUCCCAAGGAAGUUUCUUGGGGUCCUCACCGAGUGGGACCAUGACCGAUCGGCAGAUGUUGCCCCCUGUGGAAGGAGUGCACCUGCUUAGCAGUGGGGGUCAGCAGAGUUUCUUUGACUCUAGGACCCUAGGAAGCUUAACUCUGUCAUCAUCUCAAGUGUCUGCACAUAUGGUCUGAUGAAGCCUUGAAGUUAAACGACAUUCAAAUCGAGCUAAUGUAUUUUCUUUCUUCGUUUUUCUUUUGAAAGCAAUAUGAAAAGAAACUCUCAGUAACUUGUAAAAUGUACAAAUAAUAGAAAAUGAAGGCUCACUGAGUGUUUUGCCUUUCUCAUGGUGAGAUUGUAAUUAUCUAUGGUAUAUAUGUAUACUGUAUAUAGCAUGUGGAGUUUUGAAGCCUACAAAGCCACAUCCUCCCUGUGUGUUUUGCCCCUAGUUCAUCCAGUUGCACAGAGUAUUGCCAUAAAUGUAAUAUGUUUAACCAAAGUUCUCAGACUCUUUUAAACACCAAACAGUAAACUUAAAACUGGGCAGUAAUACUAACCAGACUAAGACUUACAACAAAUUAUCAGAAAAAUGCUCUAUACGGUUUCAUACUUGAGUGUUGAUAGCCAGCAGUAACCAGCACAGUCUUGUGAUUUCUGUUAUUCUUGGGCACAGUGUGAGAACCUAACAUGCAAAAGCCAGUUGAAGUCUUAGUAUUAGUUGUGAGGUAUUUAUAAUCAUAAAGGAUUAGCUUUUGUUUUCCUGCUUGCUCUUAUUUAUCACAGAUAUUAGAUGACCUUGGUUCUGUAAAAAUCCGUAAUAAUUACUUUCUUAAGAAAGGUGGAGGAGAGGCUUGUGAUUUUUUUUUUUUCACUUUCCAUUGGGCAUAUAAGAGGUUUUUUUCAUCUGCAGAAAAUAAAUUUCCAGUAUUUUGGAUUUUUUGUUCAUUUUAUUUAGUUUGUGAAGUAGACCAUUAGAGAAUGUUCUACAAACAUUUUUAAAUUCCAAUUUUCACUAGGGAAGGAAUACAUGAUAUAAAUCGAAUGGCAAAAAGAAAAUAAAUCCACCUCAAAUUCUUUGAUUCCAAUGAGAAAUGUUUAUCUUUUUGAAUCAAGAGGAAUAAUAUUGUCAGCUAUCCCUUAGGUUUUUAUAGUGUGGUUUUUCAUUCAGGAUGUUUUUUUCCAUCUUGCUUUGAGAUUCUGGACCCAAGGGCUAUAAGUAAGGAAAAAGGCAUUUAUGAUACUUAUUUAUGUCUCAUAACCCCUACAAAUUGAAACCUCUUCCCUCCUUAACCUUGUCCCUCUGAGUCUUUCCCAAAACAGAUAGAUUCUAGGCCUUUAUGGUGUUAAAUAACGCUGUGAGGAAUUUCAGGGGGUUAUCUCCAGCAAUCUGUCUUUUGGGGGUGGUAGUGCAAAGGCCAAAGCCUAUUAUUAUAAAGGCAGGCCCUCUUAGAGGACUCAGGAGGAAGAUACUAAUUAUGAUAAAGGAGCAAUAAAACUUUUAACUUCAACAGCAUUUUUAACCUCAAAACUGGAAAAAUGAAAACAGCAUUAAUUUUUUUAAAAAGUCCCUAAAAUCAUGAAUACAUGCUUUAAGAUUGCAAAACAAGUUGCCUUGCUGGCACGUUAUGAGAUGACUAGGAAAGGCUAAGAAUGCAUGGUGAGGAGCAUUACCAAUGUGUGUGCUGAAAAACUACAACCUGUCUGCCCACUGACUCAGUACAUUGCAUAUAUUUGCCAAACUAAAGCAGUGUGUGAUUGCCUUUCAGUGCUACACAGAGUUGCUCUAACUCAUCCCUACUUUAGGUGGGGAAAGGGUGUAGUUCUUGAUUUACUUCUUUACUUUAAAACAUCACAGCUGUUAAGAUAUUUCUGGGGAUUACUAUUUGAGCAGUAUUUGCACGGGAUGUGAUUCUGUUUAUAGAUAUUGGUAAGUUUCCUCAUGCAUUCUGUAACAGCUCAUCAAAUUAGUUUUAAGUUUUAAAUUUAAGAUUAGCAUGAAGGGACAUGAUAUAUUUCCAAUAGAUAGACCUAUAUAAGAUAUUCGUGUAUGGUAUUAAUAGCUUGACAGUGAUUUGGGAAAAGUCCUCAGAAUACAUCCCAGCCUUAGUGCUUGGUAUAAUUCAAGGAGAACAAGAGAGUUUCCCAUCUUCAGAAAACAUGGAAGUAAUCAUCUAUACCCAUAUGUAUUAAUAAGGAGAGCAUUUUCCUUUUUGCUAUUGGUGAUUUGAGAUAACACCACAAUACGAGUAGAAUUUUUAUUAAUCUUUUUUUUUUACUUAACAAUAUUGUGCAAAUGCUGUUUCCUUUAGGUUAUACUGUAAAUAUUAAUCACCAUGUCACUACAAAGACUAGGCUUUUAUCAUUAUAUUAAAUGACAUACAUGCAUUGAUAAUUAUAAUUAUAUAUCUGUAUUUUAUUAAAAAAGUGCUUAAGAUAUUAUAUAUUAAAGUGUGUUACUAAACCUUU